AUGGCACUAAUUCUCUACAUGGCGUGUCUGCUUACGUGGUUGCUGCAUGAACGAUUCGAGGAGAUGCCCACGCGAAUUGCUAUUGAAAACCAAGAAGGUAAACGAGCUCUGAAUUUGAAAAUUAUUCUGCCACAAUUAUUGGGUUUCUACGAAUUAGUCGGGGACUUGAGUCCUAGAGAUCUCGAGAAUUUACAGAACUUAAUAACUCUUAAUCGAUAUAAUUCCUUAGAAGUGAUGGGUAUGUUACCACAAAGCUGUGAUGACUUCCUGAAGCUUUGCUUUUUCAAGGGAAAACGAUACCCAAACUGUAAAGGUCUCUUUAAUCCGAUAUUAACAAAACAUGGCAUGUGCUGCGCUUUCAAUAGUAAAUACCAUUAUAAAAAAAAUAAAAGAAAUGAAAGAAUAUUUAAUUUCAAACCAGAAACAACGUCAAAGACUGGUUUGAGGGAAUCUUUAAUUGUUGUCGCAGAUUAUAAUCCCGAUGACGCUCUGGCUGGAACUAUUCUGAAUGCAGGUGCCAUUAGGCUUAUGUUUACUCACUGGACGGAAUUCCCCGCGGAUGAUGAAUCGAACUUAGUUCAUCCUAAUUCGGAAUCGUUUCACAUUAUCCAUCCUACAUAUACGUACUGCUCAGAAGACGUUAUGACCCUGCCUGCCUGGAGUCGUAAAUGUUACUUCGAAGACGAGUACACGCUGCCACACUUCAGAAAAUAUCACAAAUCCGACUGUAACCUGCUGUGUCAUGUGCACGAGCUGGAGCGCCUCUGUCACUGCACGAUGAUCUAUGUACCAAACUUGUAUUUAAGUCGCGCUUGUAACGUUACCAGCAUCGAUUGUAUUGUGAAAGCGAAGAUGCAAAUAAACAAGUGGUACCGUACUGAACAGUGUGACUGCCCUCGUGAUUGUGUGUCGUUUCGUUAUCGUGUGGAAAUGGUAUUGGGCAACUUCGACGCGUUACCUCAUAUUAUGUUUAAUCCCUAUUCGGAUAUCGUUCUCAAUAAAACUACAACCAUUAUGCAAUUUCUCGUUCCGAGUCCUGUGUAUGUAAAACAGAAACAAGAGACCGUUAUGUCGCUCAUAACUUUGUCAUCAAACCUUGGUGGCGUAUUUGGAUUAUGUUUGGGCUGCAGCACGAUCAGUAUGUUCCGUGCGCCGGCCGCGUCUGACGCGGGCCCGCGCACGAGGCACGCGCCGCUGCCUAAUACUGCUUCCGAGAGAUUGUGCCUCUGUUGCGCGCCGAGUUCUGAACUCGGCUGUCCUGGCGGCAGAGGGCGCGACGGCCGACGGCCCGGUCAAGGCCGCACUGCUAGUAGAGGGGACUCGGCUCGAGAUCGCUGA